ACUACAGCAAACACACACUGACCUCCCUCCCUCUGUCAGAGUGUGUCUGAUCCUCUCUGCUCGCAGUCGGACGCUGGCUGUGGCUGAUCUGUGUGUGAUCACAGUUCUUUAAUGGGAUUGUCAAUCAGCUAUCGGAUCAAUAACAGCUUUGGGAGCGGUGAUGAAGCUUCUCUGCAGCGGCUCCAUGGUCUUCCUCCUGCUUCUCCUCUGUCUUCCAGUUUGCUUGGCGGCUCAUGGUCGUUUCGCUCAGAAGCUGCUGAAUGACUUGUUCUCCAACUACACCAAUGCUUUGCGUCCGGUGGAGGACACUGACCACAUCAUCAACGUCACACUGCAGAUCACUCUGUCCCAGAUCAUCGACAUGGAUGAGCGGAACCAGAUCCUGACGACCUACCUGUGGGUCCGCCAGGUGUGGAUGGAUGCCUACCUCACCUGGAAGAAGGAGGACUAUGACGGCCUCGACACCAUCCGCAUACCCAGCAGCUACGUAUGGAGACCUGACAUUGUCCUGUAUAACAGUGCAGACGACGAGUUCUCCAGCUCCAUGGAGACCAAUGUAGUUCUCCGUAACGACGGCCAGGUCAUGUGGGACCAGCCUGCCAUCACCAAAAGCUCCUGCUCCGUGGACGUGGCCUUCUUCCCCUUUGAUUUGCAGCAGUGUCACCUGACCUUCGGAUCCUGGACUCACAACGGCAACCAGAUGGAUUUGUUCAACGCCUUGGACAGCGCUGACUUGGCCGACUUUGUCCCCAACGUGGAGUGGGAGGUUCUGGGCAUGCCAGCCAAAAAGAAUGUCAUCCUGUAUGGUUGCUGUUCAGAUCCAUACCCGGACAUCACCUUCAGCCUCCACCUGAAGAGACGUGCCUCCUUCUACAUCUUCAACCUCCUCAUCCCCUGCAUGAUGAUCUCAUUUCUGGCUCCGCUGGGCUUCUACCUGCCGGCUGACUCUGGUGAAAAGGUUUCUCUGGGUGUCACGGUUUUGCUGGCCCUCACCGUGUUUCAGCUGCUGGUGGCGGAGAGCAUGCCGCCCUCUGAGAGCGUCCCGUUGAUAGGAAAGUACUACAUCGCUACCAUGACGAUGGUCACCGCAUCAACAGCGCUCACUAUCUUCAUCAUGAACAUCCACCACUGCGGUCCCGAGGCCCGUCCCGUCCCACAAUGGGCCGAGCGCUUCAUCCUCAACUACCUCGCCCGCAUCUGUUUCGUCUACGAAGUUGGCGAGAACUGCCUUGGCGGGACUUCGUCCAGGAAACAGCCUCUGUCGCAGGACGUGUCUGAAGCCCCGUCAGCCAAUGGCAGCAACACCAAAGGAACAAACUGGGACGUGAACGGGCAGGUGUGGGGAGGGAGGGCGGAGGAGGAUGGAGCUGGAGCGGGGGACUCUCUGAAGCUGGGGCGGGAUUUGACCAGCCAGACGGACUGGAAAGAGGAUUUGUUCGUGACCAUCGACCACUCAGAGGAAGAAGGAGCUGCUGGAGGAUGUGAGGGGGAGCGGGGAGAUUCGACCAGUGGAGGAGGAGGAGGAGGAGGAAGAGAGCAUGUUGAGGAGAAGAAAGGUGUGGGAGGUGAAGGGGGAGGCAGAGCCGGGGUGAACAGGAGGGAGAUCGUGGUGAAAACCUUGUGUGUGUGCCAGCAUCAGGGACUGCGCAGGAACGUUGAGUACAUUGCCAACUCGUACCAGGACCAGCGAGCCGCACAGCUGCGCAUUGGGGAGUGGAGGAAGGUCGCCAAGGUCAUGGAUCGCUUCUUCAUGUGGCUCUUCUUCAUCAUGGUCUUCUUCAUGAGCAUCCUCAUCCUGGGAAAAGCCAUCUGAUGGAGCUCGAGCUUCGAUGACGACGGCGAGUUGGUACACCGAUAAAAUCAAUUGUUCCAUUAAAUCUAAAAUCACUCAUCAAUGAUGGUUUGAUUCGUAAAGUGACGAAUUUCAGACGGUUUAAAGGUUCAUUUUUGUGUACAACAUGUCAACCUGCCAAAUUUAUAAUCCAUCUGGGAUCUUUGCAAAUAUUGAUUUCCAUCAGGAAAUGUAGACUGAAGGAGACUCGCUCGAACACGACAGAUCAUUUCAAGAGCUACGACAGCGUCUAAUUAACAGUUUAAUUAAAUAAUAUGAUCUUCAGCUCAAUAAGAACACACACGGAUUAUUGUGAGUCAACCCAGAUCUGACGCACAUCAGAUCUCUCGAUAAACAGUUAUUUUGUCAUCUUUGCCCCCAAAAUCAGCACAUCCAGGCUCCUGUACUGCGACCUCGUCACAUGUCCACGUUUGGUCAUGGACUUUCCACGUCCACAUAUGGCGUCCAAGGUACCCUGGAUGUGUUGGUUGUUGACGUUCUGGGACGCCGUGUCAACUUCAGCCUGUUACAUGCAUUGUCUGUUUUCAAAAUACACUUCAGUUUUCACAGGAAAUGUACAGUUUGAUACAGUCUCUUUCAAAAUAAAAACACUACGUCGGCACAACACCGCCAAUUGACUUUUUUUUUUUUCCUUCAACACACACGUGGUUGGGUUUAGGAAAAAAGAACAGGGUUUGGCUUUACAAUCUUACAGGAAGUGAUCACCGCUCUCGCAGGUGAAAGUCAGUGAUUGUUGGACCCACCACCCCUCCCGCCUGCCCCACCUGGACUUCACCGCCUUAACUUUCGUACAUGUCCCACUGAGUUCUCCUCCUGAUGGCGCCAGGAGGCGUUAAACAAUAACGCCAACCAGCCACAUAUCAUGCCAUUAAAGGCACACGGGCGGCACAUGACCGACCUUCAAUGUUGGAAUGAUGUCAGUCAUUGUUUCAACAUUUAAACAACAUUUAAUUCUGAUGGUUGUAAAAAGGUUUCUGAAAUUCUCAUAAAUCAACACUGACAUUUCACAAAGAUCUGUUUCAAUGUUGAAAGAACUUUUUAAACAAUGUUUAAAGUUUAUGAAACAAUAUUUCAAAAUCAACAUUGAUUCAUCCGUCAAAAUCCAAACAUAAUUCAACAGUGAUUCGACCGCGGCGUGUGACGUUGAUUCAACAGUGAAUGAACAUUAGAACAAACAUGAACUGAUUGGCCAUGAUCGAGGUGAAAUAUCUGUAAAGUCACCAGGCGGAGCUGUUUCUGCUCACGUGAGUGGAAUUAUUGAUUAUUACAAACCAAAGUGUUUUGUUUGUAGUGUUUUUAUAGUGAAAUGGAUCCGUCAGAUUCAGAGAGAAAAGGAGACAAAAUAAACUAAAGAGACUUUUGAGAGUUUGAUGAGUCCGUCACAGAAAAGGAAAUAUUAAAUAAUUUGAAAGUAAUAUUGGAAAUAAAAAACGAGUCUCCUCAGGCAUUAUUAUUAAAGUUCCUAGUAUGUUGUCAUUUCGUUAUUAAAAGCCCGUCCUCUCUUUUGUUGCUGACAGCGUACAUGAAAAUGACCUUGGAACGAGUCAGCAGCUUCAGACACUCACCAAACAGAUUUCUUUAAAGAAAACAGCUUGAAUUUGUGAGACUGAUGUUUUCUGAAGAAAAACUUCUAUAUUAAAGCAGCUUGACUCAUAAUUUAUGAUUCAUGACGUUUCUCACCUGUUUGAAGGAAAACUCGAUUUUAAAGAUGAAAAUCAACAUUAAAUGUUUUUAAGAGACGAAGACGAUGUUAAAGGAGGCGGCAGGCUUCAUCUGUCUGUGAUGAUCAAACAUGAAUAACGAUAUGUGUUUACAUGAUGACUGACCACUGUUUGUCUUACAGCUGAACACACACACGCGCGCACACACACACACACACACACUUUUUUAUACAAAUAUUUUUGAGUGUUUUGAGCAUGCACGCAGGAUUGUCUUUAAAUCAUCCGUCACAUUCAGUUCGACCACAUCUGGGACUGUAACUGACCACUGUAAAACUUCUAUUAGCAGCCCAGGCUAUUAUUUGCUUAAAUGACUUGUAUAAAGCUUCAGAUAAUAUAUUACAUAAUCACACGGACACAUAAUCUGAGGUAGCCGACAACCUGCUUUUAUACAUCCAAAGAACUUCUAUAAAGACGAACUGCUUGGCACCAGACCAGGCCUCUAUUGGAGACAGGCCUUUAUUUGUCACAAUGUGCAGCCACACCAGGCCUGUAAAAGUGACUGGGCCUUUAAGAUGUGAAUUCUGCUUUUUUCAUUGAUCAUUUUAACAGAACAUUCAGUCAAAUAGAGAAAUACUAACGAAGUCUGGAAGAGAAAUUAGAGCUGGACUCAAAUCCAAAACUCCGGCUCACGGUCGGUCCUCCGACUCCAGCCGAGUGUGUCGUCACAAUCGUCUGGACACCUGGGGAAUGCUCUGUUAAAACUAAUCCUGUCCUCUAAUAAAAAAAUGAAACACUGUAAUUUAAAAAGGUCGUCGUCCCAGUUCAGUGAUGAAUUAACGACAAUCCUGCAGUUUAUCUGUCACAUCAUCAGUUUAUGAACCACACGAGUUUAAAACAGUUUAACUCACUGCAUGUUCUCAGCACACACUGAAUCUGUAACUGUCAUGAUGCCGAACGAGUCAUAAUCAGAAUGGUGACGAGUUAUUCAACCCUGACGAGUAUCAUCAUCACGUGUCCAGACUUACAAAGUUCAUUUAUUUACUAAAUCAAAUGAGACAAAACUUUUCUGCUGGAAGACUGGACACAACGUGAUCUUCGUCUUCUUCCUCUGUGAUCUUAAGACUUCAAAUCUUAUCAUAUGUUGUCUGUUUAAAAAGAGCAAACAAUGUUAAAAAAAAAAGUUAAAAAUAAUAUUUAUUUUUACAAUGUAAAAUUAAAAUGUCCCAGUCACACAAAGGAGGAUCAGGGUCGUGUUAAAGAGAAAAACAUCUUAGAUUUCCAGAAUAAAGUCGUAAAUAUACAAGAAAAAUGUUUAUUGCAGUCUCCUCCAACACUGUUGACUUUCAGGUCUGUGACCUUUUCUUCUAAAAUUACGAGACUGAUCUUGUAAUGUUUCGACUUUAUUCUCAUAAAAUUAAGAAUUUAUUCUCGUAAUCUAAGACCUUUUUUUUUACUCUAGCGUGGCCUAAUCCUUCUUCGUACAAUCACAACAUGUCUCAGUCACAAUGAUUUGAUCAAUACAAGGGAAAAUAAUCCAAAUGUUUGACUGACGUAAAAGUUCAGCUGAAUGAAACUUUGCAUAUCUGAAUCAUCAUUUUUUGCAGUGUUUGUUGUCGUCACAAUGUGAAAACAAGAAAUGCCAAAAUUUUGACUGUAACCUGUUGUUAUGUAUCUCGUCUGUGGUGUUGGACACUUGUCAGAGACAUAUUUACACACGAGACACUGUUAAUGCCAUAAAUACAUUAAAGAUUUCUUAUGAAAUUAUUCUG